AAGAUGUCGACCUUGCGGAGCGAGCCGAUGGUGCGGGGUACGAUGGUACUUCCCUCCUCGCUUCCUGUCGCUCAUGAAAUGUUGGAGAGGAUAGGGCGCCUGUCAGCUGUUCAAUUUGUAGAUAUGCAGGCGAAUGCUCUCGUCAGGCCGUAUAACAACUACAUUCAGCGAAUCGAGGAGAUGGAGAGGAUCAUUCGCUUCCUUCACGAGGAAAUAAGGUGUUUGGAGCUAGCCACGGCAGCGACGAGAGGAGGGGAUACCGCUCCGCUAGUGGUGAAGGCGCCGAAAGGCGGCCAGAGUUUCCUCGAGAACGGAAAAGGGUAUAUCCUGGAUCGCGUGGAGGAGGCGCUGAGUCGUCUGUAUGCGCAAUUCGUGCUAUUCAAGGGCAACAAUACAAAUUUGCAGAACGAGAAGAAUGCAGCGUUGGAAGAACAGUGCGUCUUGCAGGUGGCGGUGCAACAGCUCAGGGUCGGUGGGGCCGGUGGAAACACACUGUACGGACAGGGUCCUGGAAGGGGUUUUUCGGGGGGCCCCCCUGCUGGGGGCCCCCGUGGGGAUUUCCAGGAAGAUACGGAAGACAUUGAAGACGGCCGCAACUUGUUGUUUCCGCAGUCAGGAGAUGAGUUCAUGAGUCUUUCCGCUUCUAGCAAGACGGGAGAGAACGCGGCUGUGUCUGCUGUCGCGGGGAUGAUUGCACUUCAAGACAUUCCACGCUUCCAGCGCACGCUCUUCAGGUCUACUAGAGGCAACGCCUUUUCCUUCUUCCAACCGACAGAUCAGAAGUUCACGGAUCCCAAGACAGGAGCAGAUCUCCAGAAAAACGUCUUUGUGGUGUAUCACCAGGGAAGCACGCAGUCCCUUUUGCAUGAAAAGAUCAAGAGAGUCUGCUUGGCGUUCAACGGCCAUUGUUAUCAGUGGCCUUCCACUCUCCGUCAAGCGAAGGAAAGACUGGACGCAUUGACGGAUGUCAUACGGGAUAAGGAGAAGGCCCUUGCCGCAUACGAAAACUAUUUCCUGGGGGAGAUCUCCACGCUUUUAGACAUUCCAAGGGAGGGCAGCUCCUCACUCAUUGAGGAAUGGAGGAUGUUCUGUCAGAAGGAAAAGGCCAUUUAUGCGGCGCUCAACUGCUUUGAGGGCAGAGAUAUGACACUGCGGUGUUCAUGUUGGAUUCCCAAGGCGAAGGAGGAAAGCGUGAGGAUGGUCCUCAAGUCAAUGAAGACGGAGGGCGACGAACAGGGGUCGGCGUUCCUUCUCACAGAGAAGCAGUUCUCUAACGCAAUGCCGCCAACCUUCUUCAAGUCAACGGAGUUCACGGACCCGAGCCAAAUGCUUGUGGAUACUUACGGCGUCCCCCGCUAUCAAGAGGCGAAUCCAGCCUUCCUUGCUUCCGUGACUUUUCCCUUCUUGUUUGGCGUGAUGUACGGCGAUAUUGGGCACGGUGGUAUUGUCUUCCUCCUCGGCCUGUAUCUUCUUUUCUUCAGUGACUACCUCAAGAAAAACGGAGGCAUGUUUGCGUCGUUUGUACCGUAUCGAUAUCUCCUUGCUCUGAUGGGUUUCUUCGCCUUUUAUGCUGGCUUCCUCUAUAAUGACUUGUUCGCCUUGGGUGUCGAUAUAUUCGGGACUACUUGGACGGAAGAUGGACACGAGGAGAUCAACGGCGGUAUCAGACUACGACGAAUUGGCGAGAAGACGUACCCGUUUGGAGUAGAUCCUGCGUGGAAGGGAGCCACCAACGAGCUGCUCAUGAUGAACUCGAUCAAAAUGAAAUUGUCGGUUCUUAUUGCGGUGGUGCACAUGGGGGUCGGCGUGUUGUUGAAGGGUUUGAAUGCGAUUCACUUCAAGGACAAAUUGGACUUCUUCUUCGAGUUUAUUCCCCAGUUUAUUUUCCUCAUGACCCUCAUCGGAUAUAUGAACUUCAUGGUGCUCUACAAAUGGGUGACGCCUCUUACCCACAACAAGCCCAACCUCAUCAGUGCCAUCAUCAACAUGUGUAUGAUGGGUGAAGUAACGCCAGACGAGGAGCUCUACCCGAACCAACAGACCGUGGAGAGGGUCCUCUUGGUGCUUAUCGUCCUGACGGUUCCAGUCAUGUUCUUAGUGAAGCCGACGAUACUGCUGCUCAAAAGCAAGCAGAAGAAGGCCAGCAGCAAGAAGAUCGACAUGGCUCUAGGAGAUCACGACCCCGAAGCUGGAAGCAACAAUGAUCACAACUCUGGACUGGCGCACCACCAGUCUUCCGGAGCAGGCGGAGGCCAGGGUGACGAACACGAAGAUGCAGGAGCGGGAGACCUCUAUAUCUUCCAGAUGAUUGAAACGAUCGAGUUUGUGCUAGGCACCAUCUCCAACACGGCUUCCUAUCUUCGUCUGUGGGCUUUGUCGCUGGCUCACCAACAGCUCUCUCUUGUGUUCUACUCCCAAACAGUUGUUCGGGCACUGACAAUGUCGGAUAGCACCGCGCUUGUUGCUGUUGUGUUGUUCUUCGUCUUUGCCCUCUUCGCUUUCAUCACCUUUGGGGUCAUUCUCUGUAUGGAUCUGCUAGAGGUCUCUCUCCACGCCCUUAGGCUGCAGUGGGUUGAGUUUCAGAACAAAUUCUUCAAGGGAGACGGCUACAAGUUCGAUCCCCUGGACUUCCUUGCCGUUGUUAAGCCCAAAGCAUCAUGA